GCUGCUGCUGCUCAUUCUGCCCACUGCCCCCCACCCACCCACAAUCACCAACACAGGCGACCCAAUAAUUCCUCGUUGCAUCAUUCGCUUCCUUUCUAUGCUCGCCUACUUCUACGAAUCCUGACCCAAUACCCCACGAGCUUGCUGGAAAUCCCCCGCUUUUCAAUGAUGGUCGACACCGUGCCAUCGUUGGGAUGAUGUUGUUGAGGAGGAGUUGGUGUCGUUUCGAUGCGUAAACUUCUUGUCUGCGGUGCGGCGGCUCGAGUGCAGUUGGAUUAUUUUCCAGUUGGGACUUGCGGGGAGGAAUGUCGGGAUCGGUUGGAAAGGUUGAAAUUAGAGGAGACAUGUGCCGCUGGUAGUGGGUCGAGGUUUUGUGUGAGUGUGUGAGCUUUUAGUAGGUGACAGUUGAGAUGGCGCCAUUGUGCAGCGCGAACGUAACGUGGCAGCAUGGAUGCGUGGAGCGCACGGAGAGGCAGAACAUGUUGAAUCAGAAAGGAUGCGUGGUGUGGAUCACUGGGUUGAGCGGCAGCGGGAAAUCGACCGUGGCGUGCGCCAUGGAUCACGCGCUUUCGCGUAUGGGGAAGUUGUGUUAUGUGUUGGAUGGGGACAAUAUCCGGCAUGGGUUGUGUAAGGAUUUGGGGUUUUCGGUGAAGGAUCGGGAGGAGAACAUCCGGCGGGUUGGGGAGGUGGCGAAGCUGUUUGCAGACGCGGGGCUGGUCACGAUUGUGAGCUGUAUCUCGCCGUACAGGAGGGACAGGGAGUUUGUUCGUGGGUUGCUGAACAAGGGAGACUUCGUGGAGGUGUACAUGAAAGUUCCGCUCUCCAUUUGCGAGAAGCGGGACUGCAAGGGCUUGUACAAAUUGGCCCGGGCGGGGGUAAUCAAGGGGUUCACGGGUAUUGACGAUCCUUACGAAGUGUCGGACAAACCUGAAGUGGUCUUGGAGGCAACGAAUGCAGCAGGGGAGCUCGUAACUCCCGAUUGCAUGGCGGAAACCGUGAUUGACUCUCUAAUUGGCUAUGGCUUGCUUUCAAAAGAGCUGGUACGGCACGGGUGCAUGUGUGUCGAUCGCGAUCUUUCGAGUGCCCCCACUGCGGUGAAGAAACGCUGAUGUUAGUCGAGCGGCUACUUUCCCACGGAGACCAAGGUCGGCACAGCGACUCACGAUGUCGAGACGGCAGCCUUUUCGUCUCUCACAUCAAGACGUUCGCACAGAGUUAGUGCAUCACCCUACCUUGUCAGGCAGGACGUAGAACUCUCGGUUUCUUGAACAUAGAGCCGCUAGAUACUCACAAAUUGUUUUUGACCUCCCAACUUUGGAUUCAUUCUAGCUCAAGCAUGCCUCGUAAGGAUCGAUAUUUGACGAGGUGUCGGGGGAUUCAUCACGUUAGGAAUCAGCGUGGGGUUUUGUCUGCUUCCGAGGCGACCCCUCGACGCUGCUGUACUCCAUACCCCUCAAUCCUACACCCAGCAUUCUCGUAAUCACCCCAUAGCCUCUCCCUUGGUAUGAACUGGUGGAAUUUCCGUGGCACACAUGCAGAGCCGUUACACAAGCACCGCGGUUCGCGUCCGUCGAAACCAACCUGCAUGUACCCUCAAAGCCAAUGCUGCUCCUGCUGUUGUUGCUGUUGUGCUAGCAGCAGCAGAUGGAGCCCAGCGUUGAAGAGUUUCGUUGCAGAUGCUCGACCUUUUCGCGCUCUGAGCAAAUUCCGCAAAAAGGCUGAAUGGAGUUCAGCAAACCUCACCGCGACCGCGUUGCGCUCAUCGGCACAGCACGCCCCGCUUUUUCGUACCUUGUAGAUGAAUGAGGAUGAAUGUAGGAUAAAAUAUCCACUUACCUCUUCACAUAUGCCUUCGUUUUGUUUGAGGUUUAGUAAACCUAAUUUUGGAGGUUAUGCAUGCAUUUGAAGUUAGUACAAACGAGUUGCUAUGGAGUUUUAUGACGUUUUGUCAAUUGCAUUUAUAUGAACACGUGCGUGUGGAAAUUUUUUAUGUUGGAA